AUGACAAAUCCAGGAUUAAGUAGUUCACCUACAAUGAUUUUAUCAGCUAAAAAAACUGAUUUUCUUGUAAAGAUUCUUGCUGGUUUGACAGUUAUUGCGAUAGCGCGUAGUUUUGUUUUUACAUUUGCUGUGGAUGAAGGUUUUGCAAUGUCACAGGUAGGUGAUUUAUUUGCAUUUCUGAUAGAGGUAGGACAAAUGGUUGCAGUGAUGAUGGCGGUAAGCGGUGGAAAGUUCAUACCGUUCUUUAUGUUCCGUCGUGCUUACAAUACAGUUAGUUCGGAGAGAGUGAGUGCUGGUGCGAAUCUUGUUGGUCAAGGACUGAGCAGCGAUGCUCUCGAUGCUUAUUUCGGUAGUGACGUUGCAAUCGACAAUAAUAUACAGGAUCAAUACUAUCAGAGUCAAAUGGGUAGUGGUGCUAAUGUUCCAGAUUCCGCUGAUGCAUCGUCAAUGCAUUAUAUAGAUUCAAAUAAGAUGAUUGACCAUCAGUUACAAGCAACAGAGCAAUAUAGUAUAAAUAUAAAUAUAAACAGUAAUAGUAAUAUUAAUAAUAAUGAAAACAUACAGCAACAAUAUGAAGUUCAACUACAACAGCAUGAACAAGAUAAAGAUUUAGAGAUGUCAGUUAAUAAUCAAAUAAGUGUUUGCCCAACGAAUGGAGGAUCAUAA